AUGAAUCCCCGAGUAGGCGUAGGCGUCUUCGUCAUCAAUCCCAAGGGACAAAUCGUUCUUGGUCAGCGCAAAAGCAGUCAUGGUGCUGGUACAUGGGCCCUUCCUGGCGGACAUCUCGAAUUCAACGAGUCGUUCGAAGACUGCGCAGCACGUGAGGUACUAGAAGAGACGGGUCUCAAAGUCCGCGACAUACAGUUCCUCACAGCGACGAAUGAUAUCAUGAAAGAAGAGGGGAAGCACUAUGUUACUGUUUUUGUGGGCUGUACUGUUGUGGGGGAUGAUGCGCAGCCGGAGCUAUUGGAACCCCACAAAUGUGAGCAGUGGAAGUGGGUGACCUGGGAAGAAGUUUCCUCGUAUCAUAGCGAUCCAGACUCCAACCACACGCUGUUCAUACCCUUGGUCAAUCUGCUCGAGCAGAGACCGGGGUUUCAUCCUGUUAGACGAUGA